UUCCGGUAUGAUGGCGGACAGCACUCUACUAAUGUGAGCCCAUUGAUUUUAUCUUUUUAUUUUCUCUUACUCCUUUUAAAGACUAUUUUAAUGAAUAUUGAGCUCAGAUAAUUUUAAGCACCUCACCCCAUUCCAUCCCACGCUCCGCUUUCCUGACUCUUCUUGGAGCUUUAAAGCCGCAUUGACUAUCUUAUCACACUGCGAAGAGCUUACAGGAAGAUUCAUGGGCUGUUCCCACCACAAGUCUGGAGGCACAGACGGAGCAUAACUUAGUGUUAUGCCAAUAACCUUUGGCACACUCCUCCUCCUUGAAUAGGAUACUUUCAAGGAAAAUACUCCUCGACUCUUUGAAAAAUUUAGGGAAGAUAAAAGAGCGAGGCAAAGGGAGAGAUGACUCAGCAAUUAGACAGCCCUGCUGAUGCGAGGAGGGGGGUUGGCAAACGCUGCAGAGAAUCGGAGGACUCAGAGGAAAUGGCAUGUUUGCCCCUUACCAAGCAAACCAAAAUCAGCGAAUUCUUCCAUGGAAAAACAAAGGACACUUUUAAUAUUCCGACCUCGAACAGUUUCUCGCCAUUAGCAGAGAUAAUAGAUAAGGAAAUUACACCGAAGGAACCACCCACUAAACAACCCAUUAACUCCUUAAACAACUCCACCACGAGACCAAAAGGCCCCAAAAAGCUCCAACUAUGCCCAUUCAGGCGGAAGACUGCAUCGGAGAACAAGCAAACUAUCUCUCUGAAUUAUUGCUUGAACACUCUACCACGUUAGACCUAGUGGCUAAAACCGUGGACUGUAUCUUUAAAUAUAUAAGAGACAUCAAAGGCUCCUUAGAGAAUAUUACAUCCUUUGUAUCCCCAAAAGUUAAUGUCAGCCCUGUAGACGUUUCACCGGAGGAUAGGGCUGAACCAACGCCCAGAGUACCUGCCCUAUUACGUUUAACCCCGCAGACUGGCUGCAAAUCUGAAAACGAACAAUCUAUGGAAGAUUCACACACCAUAUCUUCCUAUAAUCUUUCGUUACAAGCCACUAGACUUUGUUUAAUUAUCCUUCCCUUCAAAGGUCAGGUUGUUAACUGGUCGUCUACACAUGUCGCAAGAAGGCAUUUGGCUGAGCUUCUGGGCGUAGAUCCUCUUUCCAUCGAUCUGAAAUCCGCUGUCCACAUUUACAGCAAGCCACACAUGCAGAGGAUACUGCUCACCUUUGAUUCCAAAAAGCUUCCAACUUAUAUGAUGUCCUUACGAAGCUACCUGACUAACUAUAGAAUUUUUAUCACAAGAGUUUUUAUCAACACUAAGAUUUGCCCUCUUAUUCCCUACUCUCCAGUUAAAAGGAAAGCAAUUAAAAAUGAGGGCAUUCCAUCUACUACGAGCUCUACCUCUCCACCCUCAGACUUAAUUAGUUGGACAGAGACCCCCAUGCCCCUCCUAUCAAAGGCUACUCAUCUUGAGAAUUCGAUGGAGCAGGAAUUACUUGUCUCCUUCUCCCAUCUGCCAAAAGCCGAACAAACAGAGAUAACGGACAGACUAGAUGAGUUAUUACUCUAUCUCCGCAACUUUGAAGAUCUAGCGCCCAUAAAAGAGGCAAAUAUUCCACCUAACUUGGAGCGAAAAAUGGGUCAUGAAUCUCCUCAGGUCACGGCAGAACACACACCUCUACUCUGCCCAUCUGAAAUCCACGCCGAAAUCUCUGUGGCGCACCUAAUCACAUUACCGGAGACUCAACAAUCAAAUGGUUGCAUCUUCCACGACCCCGUGAAAACCCUAGAUGCUAUUGAAGAGACAAAAUGACUCUCACCCCUACUACUAUCCUGGAACGUUGCUGGAUGGCAAUCGAAAACAAGGGACAAAGACGUUUUAACCUACGUAUCACAGUUCAAGAUCAUCCUGCUCCAAGAAACCUGGAUGCAAAAUCCUUUCGAACUACACAAUUACUUUGCUUUCCAUUCCCCUGCCUCAAUCGGCCCAAAAGGCGGAAGACCGGCGGGAGGUUUGAGCACCUUCGUAUCGACAGAUCUAGGAGCCUCCCCUAUCCAAUUGAAAAUCGAUAAAAAAUGGAUUUUGGCCGUUAAAAUAUUCUCCACCCAUUUUAAGAUCAUAUGCAUCAAUGUUUAUAUUCACCCACUUAUGAAACAAACUGAUCUUAAAAACAUCUGGAACGAACUGGAAGACUGCAUUCUCCUUGUCUCAAAUAAGUUUCCUCUGCCUCCUUAAUUAUUGGUGGGGAUUUUAAUGCAAGGCUAGGCCACUCAGACGAACAGUUAAUCAAGGAAAGUGGAAUGGGUCCCCUAAAUGCUAAUGAUGAAUAUUGGCCCCUAUUCAGGCGUCACUCACUUGACCCAGUCACCAAUUUUGCUGGUACAUGUCUUUUUUAAUGGCACUUAGAUUAAACCUUGUUAUUUUAAACGGCCUCUCCUCGGGGACUGCCCUGGCCAAUUUACUUACUGGUCAGGCCUAAGGCAUUCUGUUAUUGACUACAUCCUUGUCUCCCAAGAACUUUUCGAUGAAUAUAUUGAAUUUACUGUAGAUAUAAGAACCGAAAGUGACCAUUUACCCCUAAAUCUUAAAAGGACUGAAUUUUGGGAACCCUCUAGAUGUGGGCUUGCCCCGCAGACUCCUGAUCCUAGCGCUUACAACAAAUAGGUAGAUCCAGAAUUAAAUGGUCCCCUUAUGUUAAUAACCAUUUUGGUAUUUGGACACAAUCAAUGGAAGGUCAACUCCUCUGGGCUGAUCUGACUUCCAACGACACUGAAGAGACCUCCCCAAUCGACCAUUAUAACACAUUAAUCCGAAAACUCCAACCGUUAUUGUCAAGACCCAGAAGAUCUAACCAAAAUGACUCCCCUACCAACAAAAAUGGUUUGACCACGAAUGCACUCAGGCAAAACUUAUACUCAGGGAAUGCUUUAAGGUCUUCCAGCAAAAUCCUAACCCUAUCACUAAAUUGGAGUUACAACUUAAAAAAAAGAACUACAAAGAGUUAUUAAAAACCAAAAACAGAACCGCAGACUCUCUCAUCUGGCAGGCCCUCAUAAAAGCGUCAAUAGAAAAAGACAAUUCUAACUUCUGGAAAAUCAUCUCCAGUCAAACCAAAGCUCCUAAUGAGGGCACAAUAAUCCCUGCAAAUUCAUGGGAAGAGCACUAUAAAGUGCUGUUUAGGGAACAUUGUCCUUCUGCGCCGCUUAACAUCCCCUUAGAUAAUGAUACACCAUGGCCCCCAACAUCUGAAACUGAAAUCGCUUCGCUAAUUCUACAAAUGAAAUCUGGCAAAGCCCCAGGAAGUGAUUUCAUUGUCGCUGAACUUUUGAAAGCGCAAAUAAACUGGUGGGCCCCGGUCCUUGCAAAUCUAUUUUCAUAUAUAGACAAGACAACUGAAAUCCCUAAAGAUUGGGGACUAGCUAUAAUUGUUCCCAUAUUUAAAAAGGGCAACCCUCUGAUCCAUCUAAUUAUAGACCAAUUAGUCUCCUGAAUGUGAUCUGUAAACUUUAUACAAAACAUCUAUGCCUAAAAUUAUGGGAAUGGUUAGAUCAUAACAACUUGCUAGAAAUUGAACAAGCAGGGUUUACAUCCGGACGUUCCACCAUUGAUCACUGCUUAGUGUUAGAUUACUUUGUCUAUAAGUAUGCGAAAUAUUGGAAAAGUCAUUAUAUGCGGCCUUUGUGGACCUAAAGGCAGCAUUUGAUUCUGUAUCUAGGAGCAGGCUCUGGGCCAAAUUGGCCAAUAUGGGUAUUAACAGAAGGUUAUUACUUCUGAUGAUUAAGCUUCAUGAGAACAAUACCCUCCAGAUAAGACUUGCACAGGACGGCAGACUCUCUAGAGAAAUCCCAGUCCAAAGAGGAGUUAGACAAGGAUGCCUAUUAGCCCCAUUCCUAUUUAACAUCUAUGUUAACUCCCUGGUCACAUGCUGCCGUGAAAUUGAAACCCACCCCCCUGUGUUCUCUAAUGGCAGAAAAGUACCAAUUUUAAUGUAUGCGGAUGACGCUGUUCUUCUCUCUCAAACCAAAGUGGGUCUGAAACGUGCCUUAGGAAAGUUUAGUGACCAAUGUAACACUGAACUGCUAACAAUUAACUUUGCCAAAACCAAAAUUGUACAUUUUAACCGCUCCUUCAGGAAGGAUAAUUGGAGCGUAAAGGGAAACGCCAUUGAACAGACU